GCCUCUCUCUCUCUCUCUCAUCGAAAGACAACACACACAGGGAUGGGAGGAAGCGAAGAAUUUUCCAUAGACGUUAAGGGGAGUGAGACGGUGGUGGCGGUGCUGCCAGUGCAAGAACACCGCUUGCCGUUGUCCAAUCUGGACCUCCUCUUGCCAGACAUGGACGUUGGUGUCUUCCUCUGUUACAGGAAACCAGAGGGGAAGCACUUUCACUCCACCUUCGCCUCCAUGGUGAGCUUGCUCAAAGCAUCCCUAGCGCAAGCGCUGGUGACGUACUACCCCUUUGCAGGCCAGGUGAUGGCGAACUCGGUGGGCGAGCCGGAGCUGCAGUGCAACAAUCGUGGCGUGGACUUCGUCGUAGUCUUCGCGGACGUGGAGCUUAGGGAGCUGAGGCUCUGCAACCCCGACGACAGCGUCGAGGGGAAGCUGGUGCCGAAGAAGAAGGAAGGAGUUUUGUGUGUGCAGGCAACAGAGCUCAAGUGCGGCAGCCUAGUCUUGGCCUGCACGUUCGACCACCGCGUCGCCGAUGCCUACUCUGCCAACAUGUUCUUGGUUGCCUGGUCGGAGAUCGCCAUGCUGAAGCCCCUCUCCCGGCUCCCCUCCUUCCGCCGGUCUCUCCUCACCCCCCGCCACCCGCUUCAGCUCCAUCCUUCCUUCGACCGCCUCUUCGUCCCCGUCUCCUCCCUCCCGCCCCCCAAGCAUCAUUAUUCGGACCAAGCUGUCAACCGGAUUUACUACAUCGCCGCUGCGGACAUUAACCGCAUGCAGUCCUCCGCCAAAAGGAGAAGCAAAAUCGUGGUGUUCACCGCCUACCUCUGGCGCGUUCUGGCCAAAGCAGCGGCGCCGGAGGACAGGUGGUGCCGCAUGGGCGUCGUCGUCGACGGCCGGUCUCGUCUCGGAAACGCUGCCAUGUCCAGCUACUUCGGCAACGUGUUGUCGAUCCCCUACGGCAGGUUGAACGUGGAGAGUCUGAGGCGGAUGGAGUUGGCGGAAGUGGCGGAGGUGGUGUAUGGGUGGCUGAGACCGGGAACCACGGAAGAGCACUUCCGGGGGCUGGUCGACUGGGUGGAGGUGCACCGUCCGGAGCCGGCGGUGGCGAGGAUCUACUGCGGGGAGGCUGACGAAGGGCCGGGGUGCGUCGUGUCAUCAGGAAGGGCGUUUCCGGUGGCGGAGGUGGAGUUCGGAUGGGGGAAGGCGGCGUUCGGAUCCUACCACUUUCCCUGGGGCGGAAGCGCCGGGUACGUGAUGCCGAUGCCGAGCGCCAAGGGGAACGGGGACUGGGUGGUGUACAUGCAUAUCCAGAAAGAGGUGGUGGCGGCGCUGGAAGAGGAACAGCCACCCGUGCUUCGUCCUUUAACACCCGAUUACUACCUUACAGACACCAACUGAAGCAACCACUGUCGCCGCCACUUUGUUCCUCACUGUUUACAUGUGGAACGUAUGUACUGCCACGUGAUGUUAAUACCAGUUGUUCCCGCUCAUCUAUGAUAAUGCUUAGCGUGACGCCGUCUUCCUG